AUGGCCCGUCGCAAUUAUGCUCACGUUGUCGAAGUGGCUUUCUGGGAUUACAUGACACGCAUCGUGCAGACGAUACUUGCACUUGCCUUGGUCAUCCUCUCGGCGUGGCUGGUCGUGUUUGUCAACACCUGGCCAGACCGUCUGUCCCUCUUCGCCGCUGCCUGGGACCUGACGAUUCUGGGCUAUUACAACAUCGCAGUGCACGGACUACCAUUCAUCUACAACUGGGCUGCCCUCGUCGUCACCGAGAGCCUGACACUGAUAUUCUGGGCUGUCUCAUUCAGCUCGGUGGCUGCGUACUAUGCCUAUGAUAAAUACAACGGACGACUGAACGAGAAGAUUGUAAUCGCCGUCAUAGCAUUGAGUGUUUUUGCAUUGUGA